UUUUGUGCAGAAGUAAAAUUUAUGUUGAAAUAAUUUAUGUUUUCAGUUGCCGCACGACACCUUUAUCGUUCUUCUAGAGAUACCUCUACCUUGCUAUAUAUACUGAUUAGAAUAGUCUAUUCUCAUAUCUCUUAGGGUGUAUUGUGUGUUAUGUAAAAAAAAGUAGUGGAAUGAGAUUUUAUACAGUAUUUAAAAAUGUUAUAGUUUUUUAAGUGUUCUCUAAGUUUUAUAAUUAUGAAUAGAUUUUUAAAUAUCGAUUGGAAUCCUCCAUUGGAAGAUCUGAUAGACAAUACUUUUAUCAACGAAGAAAGAUUAGAGAAUGAAAGUGUUAUGUAUAGAAUUAUGACUGGAAAUUUUACUGAUCCAUUUAAAAAUAUCGAAGAUGAUUAUAAAGAAAUUAAAGGUAAAUUCAUGGAAGAUAUAGAUGUAGAAUUAAACGAACAAGAUAAAAAUGAGAAUGAUGAAAACAGUGGAAAUGAAAAAGAAGUUGAAAUCAAAGAAACAAAAACAAAAAAGCAAUAUGUUCCUGGUAUUAUGAAAUCAACCUUUAAGUUUCCUAGAAUGUCUAAAUUAAAUAAAGAAGAACAAGCAAUGUGUUUAAGAGUUUUAUUAAGAUUUUCAGAAUCAGAUAAACCAAAAAUAACUCAAGCAGAAAGAGAAGAACUAAUAAAAUAUAUGGAAUUACAAAAAAUAAUAUCUCAGGAGCAAGAUGAAUUUUUAGAAUUCGCAAAAAGCAAGUGGCAUGAAAGAUCAUUGUCACUUAUGUGUAAAGAUUACAUAAAUUUCUGUUGGAAAUUGAAGAUGCAAUACAUUCAUAAACUUCCUAGGUAUUAUGCUGAAGUAACAAACGUACCAUUUGUAGCAGAUAAAAAUGUUGAAAUAAAAUUUAUUUCUGUUUGUUUACAAAUGGGUCAGCUGUCAGAAAUUGCAUUACCAACUCUUAUGAAACCAAAGUAUUUACGUGUAAAUUCUUAUCAACUAAAACAGAGGUUCCCUCAUACAAGCUAUGAUUGUGAUAAAUCAUUAAUUUCUAGUAAAUUAUCAUGAAUAAUAUCGGACCCAGUUAUUCGAAUUCAUGGAUUUUACCAGUAGUUAUAAAAAAGCAUAAUGAUAGAAAUGUUAUCUAUAUAGAUAAACCAGGGCCACCACCAACAAACACAAUACCUGCAAAAAAUAACUGGGUAUAUAAGUAU